AUGGCCCAGGAAUUUCUCGACCAACUUCUUCGGAUGGAAAACACCGUAAAAGUCGACGAGCAGGAAACCUGCAUGGUGUGUCUUGAAUCAUAUGGAACGCUCAACUCAUCUACCGGCGCUAUCGAAGUUCAAGUCCGCCUACCAUGCAGCCAUCUAGUGGGAACCAUCUGCAUUGCGACAUGGCUUCGAGAUAACAACAGCUGCCCUGCUUGCCGGGCAACCUUUUUCCCUGCGCAACCGCGGCCGUAUCUCGAGUAUGGAAUCAUAAACGACCGACCGUCCGCAAAUACUUGGAGGAUGGGAGGCCCCGAUGAAAGGGUUACGCUUGAGAUUUGCGACUGGCUCUGCGAGGAGCUUAACCUUGCCAGCGAAGUGAGCUCGAUGGCUCAGUUAAUCACUCGCCCUUUAUCGCGAAUGCUCCGGGGACAUUUUCACUCACCAGAGUGCAAAGCCGCCGUAAGCGUCUUCAUUGCGUGGUUUCUCUUAAAUCCAGGCUUUGGGGCUGGUUCGGUCGAUAUCCUUCUUCCAGACGUGACACAUAGAACGCGGGUAGGCGAAGAACAUAUUCGCUCUACAUAUCGUCACAUCUACCCCAACCGAAUGGAACUCAUUGACGCGGAUCUUCCCCCUGGCCUUGCUAGACUUCACAUGGAGGGUAUUCUAGCAUUCUUGCCUUCUCCCAAUCCCGAAGACAGUAUCGCCAGCAGCGAAGAAGGAGAAAACGACAGAGAAGACGAAAUCAGCGAACGUGAAUUAGGAGAUCUCGCGGAGAUCAGUGAGCAGCUUAGUGCAGCAGUAGGAGGAGAUGAGGAUCUUUUUGACAUCGUCGAAGAUCUUGCGGAGCAGCUUAGUGCAGCAGUAGGAGGAGAUGAGGAUCUUUUUGACAUCGUCGAAGAUCUUGCGGAGCAGAUUCUCGAUACAAUGGACGACGAGUCAGAACUGGCUGAUCGCUCUGAACAGCUCCGGGGAGCCGUAUGCACGUUCAUGGCUUGUCAUCUUAUGGGCGCCGAGAUCUCGUAUAGCGACGUUGCGCGUAUACACGGCGUGAGUGAGCGUCUUCUUCGCGAAGCUUACGCUUACAUCUUUCCUCGACGCAAUAACCUCAUUGAACCCGAGACAAUUAAAAUCAUGGGUAUUGGCAACCUCGAAAGGGUUCUUGGCGCCUUACCAGCUUUGAACUGGCCAUCUCUAUAG